AAUUUAAGAUCUGCUAUGAUCCAAAGACGAGACACCAUGAGGCUCAAUUUAAAUUUUAGUCCCAUAAAAGCAUUAAAAAAAGAAAAUGAUUUAAACAAUACAGGCAAAGCAGUGAAAUAUUGGAGGACCGCCAUGGGAAUGGGAGGAGCGAUGGACAGCUGCGGGCGGUGUAUGAAGUUCUCUUUAAUAUGCAUCAAUGUUAUUACCCUUAUCGGAGGCGCCAUAGCCCUAGGAGUGGGUCUGUGGGUAUGGACGUCGCGGUCGUUUUCGAGUACCCUCAUGAGCAACAACAUGUUCAUCGCGUCGGUGGCGGUGGUGGUGGCCAUGGGCGCCGCCAUGAUGCUGCUGUCGCUGCUCGGCUGCUGCGGCGCCGCUAAGGAGGUCAAGUGCAUGCUGCUGACGUACUACAUCCUAGUGUUCAUAAUCUUCGUGGUGAUGCUGGUGGGCGGGAUCCUCCAGUUCGUAUUCCGGGAGAAGGUCCUCACAACCCUGGACCGGGAAAUGCACGCGGCCAUCCCGUAUUACGGCGUGAAGCCCGAGUACACUAAGGCGUGGGAUGACACGCAGACAUAUCUCCAGUGCUGCGGAGUCAAGAACUAUAAGGACUGGAACGGGAACAUUCCAGAAAGCUGCUGCCAGGAAAUAUAUCCUGGAAAGCGCCGCGACUGCCAGUCGUUGCCCAACCCGACCAACAUGUAUACGGACGGCUGCUACCUGAAGGUGACGGAGUUCCUGAGGGAAGACGCCGUGUACGUGGGCGCGGCAGCUAUAGUUGUCGCGCUUAUCAUGGUACUAGCUCUGAUACUAUCGUGUGGAUUAUUCGUGAAGAUAGAGUGAACCAGACCAUGAACUCUACAAAAAGUGACCUAAUUGAUGUAUGUAUUGACUGUUUGAUUGAGAGUGUGAUUGCAGCUCGCUUCGUACUUUAUUUGUGUUCUCAGAUUUUUGUAAUUUAUUUGGAAAAGUGAUUAAAGUAUGAUCUACAAAUUAAUAUAA